ACUUUGAUUUACUUGAGCAAUGAGAAUGGUCAUUGGCGGUGUGAUCUGAAACUGAAGAAAUGCUUCUUCAAACGAGGCAAAUUGGGGCUGCGGAUGCAUGUCCAUGGAUCACAGUGACACCCACAAAGAAAAGGAACGGUAAACAGUGUUCUUCAUUGAGAAUUGGGAGUCCAAAAUGCUCAGUAUCAACCCAAUUGGAAUUGAAGAGUGACAACAAUACGAUGACAAAGCCGUAUCCAGCAGAGGUUUCGAGGACCAUAAUGGAGUUGGCACGUGUGGGCACGCUUUCCACGUUGACCCAGGAGGCUUUGCCUCUGGGUAUUGGGGUUCGUUUCGGCGUUGACCCUGAACAUGGCACUCCCUUCUUCUGCUUCAAUCCCUCUAAUCCUUCCAACAUUCCCUCGUCCCUCCACGUUCAGUUUGAACAGUGUGGAUUGCGCACUCCUCAAUGCACUAUUCAAGGAACCCUUACCAAACCACAGGAUCCAAAGCGGUUUGUUGCUGUGUGGAGGAAGAGAUUUGGAGAAGAGGUUGAUCAAGAUUUUAUUUACAUUAUUGCCAUUGAUCGGGUGCUGCAAUUGGAAAACUUUCAGGAGGAUGGUGUAUGGGUCUCUUCUUUAGAUUACAAAAAUGCACAACCUGAUCCUCUUCGAGACUUUGCGGACAAUUUAGUCUCUGAAAUCAACACCAACAAUAUGGAAGACAUUACUCGCUUUUGCAAUGUGUUUGUUGAUUUGGAUUUCCUGGUUUCGGAAGCAAAGAUGAUAUGGGUUGAUCGCUUGGGCUUUGAUAUGCGUUUGUCUUGCCCUGAAAAAGGUGUGUUUGAUGUUCGCAUUCCUUUCCCUAGAGAAGUGACGGAUGAAAAAGGUGCCAAGUCCACAUUUAAUUGUAUGUCACAAAUGGCUUGGGAGAUUGAAAGAAACUUCCAGCAUCCUGACUUUCCCAAGGCCUUAUAGAUUGGUAGAAUACCUUCCGCCAAAUGCUUGCAUACAUUUUCCCUCAAGAUCUCAUCGGAGAUCACCCAACUUGAUUGCUUCUUGCACCUUUCAUCAAAAGCUAGAUUGAAAGCAUUGAGUCUCUUAACCAAAUCUUGGCUAGUCACACUUGCACUUGAGGAUGAAAGCAAGUCCUUUUGAAUUACAAGAAUAGUUAGAAGCUUUCCCCAGCUAUUCCUCAAAUAAAGUGCUACAUAAUAGUCCUUAUAUUGUUCGUGGGCUUUUAACCAAGAAUCUCCCAUCAUAUUUCCAAGCACAGUCCCCCUCAAACUGUAGAAAUGACAGUGAUUAUUCAUCAUAAAAAGGUAGGACAGAGUGAUAUCUUCAUAGGCCUUUGACCAAGCAUCCAAAUUUACUGCAACCUCCUUAAUUGCAUUAUAUAUUUUGCUUAAAACAAUACCCUCUUCGUACACUUCCUUUCUCCAGCUAAGAUGUAUUUUCAAAACCUGUGUCAAAUGUGGCCCAUAGGCAUCUCCAAGCAGCUGAUUGCAGUAAUCAGUAACAAAGUUUACCAGCCGGGGAACGCCGCCAUCAGGGGGAGGAGAAGUUGGCCUUUGCAACUUCACUUGUGCUGGAAGUUGCCAGAAUAUCUCACUGGCACCAUUAACAACUUUGUUGAUAAGAUCCUUUGUCACAGUUCUAAUUUCUUCACAAGCUUUCCCACUGAAAAGCUGGUUGAAUUUUAGUCUUAGACCAUUUAAGACCCUGAAUAUGGACAGCAGGUUCAACAACUUGAAGGGGUCAUUUUUCCUCUCAGUAACAAUCCUUCCAAAUUGUAUAAAAGAAAGAAUUCCUGAUUCAACGGCUAUCUUUGCAAAACAUCCCAUCCAUGCUUCUGGACCAAUUUUCCCAAAGACAUUAUUUGAGAGCCUGUACUCAACCUCAAGCAGUUGCUGCACAACCAACUCCAAAUGGCUGCCCCAUUGGUCUAUGUAACUCUCCAUACACUGUACAUUCUCAAAUCCAGCAGUUGGAAUCUCAAGGUAACUCAAAUCCAAAGUCUUCAAACUUCGACGAGCAUUCGUACCUCGAACUUCAACAUAUAUAGAUUCACACUUGUCGAGCCUGUCAUUGGCACUUAAUCUCUCAAUGAUGGCCUGUAAUCUCCCUGCUGAAGAACCAUUCAUUAGAAAAGUUUGUUUGGCAAUGCUGGCUUGCUGACCAAUGUGUGAUGUUAAUGAAACCAAAGGGAGAGGCAUCGAGUUUGCCAUCAAAAGCCUGUGGAACUCAAUCUCUAGUUUGUCAAAGGCAGUACUAAGAAAGCCUCCAUGAAGCCGAGCACGUACCUCCAUGACCUGCAAUUCUUGCAAUAUUUUCAAAGAUUUAUUCACAUUCAACAGGUAAAGCUCAUUGGUGAUUGCUUUGUCUUGUAAGAACUCAAAAACGCCGUGCAACCAGCCCACUGCUAAUCUGCAAUUAUCAGUGAGAAGCUUCAGUGCUUCCUCAAGCUUCUUUGUGUCUGAGACAUACGUGUAUAGAUCAGAACUGGGGUCUGUCAAGAGAGAAUGCUCCAAUUGAUGAACAGAGUCAAAAACCUUGAGGGCUGCAGCAGCAGAACAUAGAACACUGUCUAUGCUUUGACCAAUGUUGACCAAAAAACACUUUUGCAUUGAGAUGGGUCUAAGUGAAGCUUGCAAGGACAGACAUCUCUGUUUAAGUAGCUCCAAUCUUGAGCCAGACUCUUCUAAUGCAGAGCCAAUAACGCUUGAUGUUUCCAAGCUAGUUGACAAGCACUUUCUAGCGGCUUCAAGAUUCCCCUGGCUUUCCAUAUCAAUGGCAAAUCAAGUACUAACGCAAAAUGAUUACUAGUUUGGCUUUUAGAUUGCAUUCAGAUUAUUCAGUUUGGUCUAAUGAUGAAGAUAAUCUUUGUUGGAUUCUUGUGUAUCGCCCCACUCAAUUCCUUUCACCAAACUCAACAAACAAAGUAAAAAAGGAGGUAACUUCACUUGCAAUACAAACAUACAAGAAACCUCAACCACCAAGCAGUAGAGCUUCCUUGAAUAGGCAUACCAUUUGCCCAACUAAUUUCCCGAGCCAUUAUUUAUUUAUCAUCUUGUAAUAGUCACUCCUAGCUUUAUUGUUUAAUUUGAAGACAGAGACCUGCUAGUCUUGCUUCAAUUACCUCAACAAUCUCCCAACCACAUAUAUCGAAAUUAUCAUUUUCG